AGAACUAAAAGAACUAGAUCUAGCAGUAGUGCAGGAAUACAUACACCUUCUUCUAGAGGUAGUUUUAACCCUAAUUCAGGUUUUACUGAAGACCCUAAUCUUUAUUUAUCAUCUGGUUCCAAUAGAGAAAAUGCACCUAAGCCUGGUACACAAGAGGAUCUUGCAUCUAAUCCUGGUACACAGAGCGAACCAGUUCCAAAUUCUGAUUCACAAGGAGAACAUUCUCCUAAUCCUGAUAAACAAGGAGAACUUGCACUUAAUCCUGGUUCACCUGAGGGAUCUUCAAAUGAUCAAACCCCAGUUCCAAGUUCCUUAGAAGAACUCUAA